AUUCUGGCACCAGUUCUCAUGUGGAUGGAAAAAGUGCAGGAAGAUUUGGAGGCACAUGGAAGUGACUGUGACCCACGACGGGAGCCUUGACAACCAGCCAAUUCAGAACACAGACCUUGACAUCAGAAGGCCCCGAGUUCAAAUCCUGCCUUGCUCCCUUUCAGCUGGAAAGCUUUGGUCAAUUUACUUAGCCUCUCUAAGCCGGUUUUCCCUUCUGCGAAAUGAGGAUACACAAGCUGCCACCUCACAGAAUGACUCUCACCCACGCCUCUCCAAGCCUCCCGACAGAAGACAGAGGUCCCCCACAGCCCAGAGACAUUUCCUGAAGACAUGGGGAGCACAGAGGCAGAAACAGCCCAUCCACCCAGGAGCUGUCCCCUACGCUGCCGGGAGCCAGCACCCAGAGCCGCCAGGUAAAACUGAGGCCACCUGGUUCAACAUCGCCUUUCACAGAAGGGGAAACAACCACAGAAAGAAGGGCCUGGUAAGAAGUGGAACCUGGGACCCGCAAGCAGUGUCUCUCAUCCUGAUGGGGAUCCAGAGGAGGAGGGAGCCUUUGGUGGGACACAAAGGAAAAGAACGAGGCACCAACAGCAAGGGACAAGCAGAUUCAAGGGCCACAGAGGAGAUGGAGGCAAACACCUUCCCCUGGUCAGAGGCUGCACCUCAGCCCUUCUCCCUGCAACAGUUUCUCCUUCAGAAGCAUGGGACUACCUCCCAUCUAGUUCUCGUUUCUAAAGCCAGGGGAGAUGCUAUCUUUGCUGCAAUAAUCCUAGCCUGCAUCUUGGAAUGGAAAUGGCCUUGGUGGAAAUGGUCUUCAACUCCCCUGGUCCAAGCUCAGGCCCUGUGACCCUGGAACAAUCCCCUUCCUGGUCCUCCAUGUAGAAGCAAUAACAUUCCCUUGCCGGCGGCACCAGCCGUUCUGAUGGUUAAAUGGUAUCGGACACUGUUUUCCAAACUCAGUCAUUCAGAUGCCCCCUAUUUUAUUUCUUCCAUGUCUGUAAACGAUUAUAAUAUUUUUAAAUGUAAGAUGAGUCCUUUUUAAUACAAAUAGAAAUAGCUACUGUAAAUAGAAAACUCUAACACUGUGCCUAAUUAGGAAAUAAAGGUAACCAUAAAUACAGUAAAAAUGAAACAAUGUUAUUACGCUUUAACCUAAUAGUGUGGCUUGCAAGGCCCUGGGCCUGAAGCCUGGGCAAUAAGUGAGAGUUAGAAAGGCGUCAAAGACAUGAUAGCAGCAAACUGAGACUUUCUACCCCACGGUAAAUAGGACUGAAAGCAAAUUGACAGGGAGCAACUGAUACAUUCCACAACAGAAUGCUCCCUGUCAAUUUGCUUUCCAUUCUGUUGUGUCCUGUGUCCCAGCAGAGGCUACAAACUACCCAAAAUCACUUACGCACCUGCUGCAUGUGAGAAGCCAAAGGUAGUUUAUGUGAAAGGGCUUUGGAAAUAAUCACGCACCAAGUGAAGGCAGAGGACACACCUUGUCAGCUUAGUUCUCGGCAGCAAAUCAUCUCUUUCUCAGGAUAACCCUGCCUGAUUCUUACUGAAAUCUCCUUGCUGUCACGCUAAGCUCUUCUCUCUCAGGGGCAGUGGGAGCUGUGGAGAGUGGAGUAGACCCAGCUGUCUGUGACCCACAAGGGAGUCCAACAUAGGAAUCACUCCCCAGCCAAAUGCAAGGUUUUUAAAAAUGUAUUUAUUUAUUUAUGUAGAGACCAGGCUAUGAGACUGGCUAAUUUUUGUAUUUUUGGAUAGAGACAGGAUUUCAUCGUGUUGCCCAGGCUGGUCUUGAACUCCUGGGCUCAAGCGAUCCACCUGCCUCGGCUUCACAAAGUGCUCAGGAUUACAGGCAUGAGCUACUGUGCCCAGCCACCAAAUGCAGUUGAAAAGAGUUUCUGCAAGAGAAUUCUACAGAAAAGGAAAGCAGUUAUCUGGCUGGGAAUACCUUAGACAGAGGCUGUCCUCUACACAGGCUGUCAGAACUGACCUACUGACAUGCCUGGCAUGAUAGACCAGAGGGAAACACUCUUUCCACUCUUCCCAGAGUGAGGCCUGACUUCAGAUUUCUGCUAGAGGUGUAAGAGACAGACUUCUUUUUUUCAGACGGAAUCUCACUCUGUCGCCCAGGCUGGAGUGCAAUGGCAAGAUCUCGGCUCACUGCAACCUCCGCCUCCCUGGGUUCAAACAAUUCUCCUGCCUCAGCCUCCCUAGUAGCUGGGAUUACAGGCUCCUGCCACCACGCCUGGCUAAUUUUUGUAUUUUUAGUAGAGACAGUGUUUCACCAUGUUGGUUAGGCUGGUCUCGAACUCCUGACCUCAGAUGAUCUACCUGCCUUGGCCUCCCAAAGUGUUGGGAUUACAGGCGUGAGCCACUGCGCCCAGCAUUUUUUUUUUUUUUUUUUUUUUAAAUAGACAAGCGCUCCCUAUGUUGCCCAGGCUGGUCUUGAACUCUAGGCUCAAGCGAUCCUCCUGCCUGAGCCUCCCAAAGUGCUAGGAUUACAGGCAUGAGCCACUGCUCCCAGCUCUGUUUUUGUUUUUUUAAGGAGGUAUAUUUUUUCUGUUCUCUCUCAGCCCUGAAGAAAGGCUACCCACCCCCUUCAGACAUUCCUGAAAAUAUAUGUCAUCCAACAUCAAGGCCACCACAGUGACCACUAAGCAAUGCAAGAAGGUCCUCUGGGGUGCCCUGAGAUCUUGGCAGGGCAGAAGAGUGAGAAGGGGCUUUGCCUGCUCACCUGAAAGUUCCCACCCAAGCCAGGCCCAGAAAACAAAAUGAAUGAUCUACAUGGUUAUCCAGUCAGCCACCAAAUGGCAUUACCUGGGUCCAUCAUCAUGUUCCAAGCCACGGGUCAGACCCAGGGCCCCCAAAUUAACAAGACACAGGCACUGUCCUCAGGAAGUUGAGAUCUAGCCAGUUCAGACCCACACACAAAUAACACUGACACUAGAGAUAAUGAGAUUGGGAAUUAUGAUUCAGCCAUUCAACCUGGGCUUAUGUGGCAUCUACACCACCUGGCCCUGAUUUCAGUAGUGAGCACAGUUGACAGGGUCCCUUCCCCUAGCAGGUGAGCCAUGUGGUCCACAAGUGGAGGUGGUCGUAAGUGAAAACCACAUUACUAGCAUGGUAAAGGGUUAGAAAGAGGGCACAGGGUGGGUGAGAACAUGGAGCAGGGGGUGCUGAUAGCUAAAGAAGUCAAGGAGGAGCUGGGCACUGUGGCUCACGCCUAUAAUCCCAGCACUUUGGGAGACCAAGGCGGGUGGAUCACCUGAGGUCAGGAGUUCUAGACCAGCCUGGGCAACAUGGUGAAACCCUGUCUCUACUAAAAAUACAAAAAUUAGCCAGGCGUGGUGAUGCAUGCCUAUAGUCUCAGCUACUUGGGAGGCUGAGGCAUGAGAAUCGCUUUAACCCGGGAGGCGGAGGUUGCAGUGAGCUGAGAUCGUGUCACUGCACUCCAG